AUUUCCUGGUCGACGAUGACAGUAGAGGGUUGGCCACGAACAGGACAGGCGAGGAAUAAAGCGCUCAUCCGCGAGGAGUGCACUUCAUUCGCUUCACGCAGCGCUAGAGAGCAAAAAUGGGCAACUGGAUUAUCAACCAAGGGCUCAGCGCCUUCAUCUUGGUGGUGUGGAUGGCCAUCAACAUUUUCCUCUUUGUCCACUUCUUCUUAUUCUAUGAUCGGGGAGAACAAUUUGAAUACACUCGUGAACUUUUAGGGUCUGCUUUACCUUGGGCCAGAGCUCCAGCUGCUGUACUAAACUUCAACUGCAUGCUGAUACUGUUGCCAGUCUGUCGAAACCUGCUGUCUCUGCUCCGCGGAUCCUUUAUAUGCUGCGGCCGAACAAUGAGGAAACAGCUGGACAAAAAUCUGACUUUCCACAAGUUGGUCGCUUACAUGAUUGCCCUGAUGACAGCCGUUCACACUGUUGCUCAUUUGCUCAACGCGGAGUGGUACACGAACAGUUUCCAAGGUCAAUAUGGGCCUCUCGCCACUACUCUGUCCGUGCUCGAUGACUCCCGUGAAUUAAAUACAACUUACCUAAAUCCCAUUCACUCCAAUUCUACAACUCCGACGCUUCUUGUAUUCACCACAAUUGCGGGUCUCACAGGGGUCGUCAUAACUCUUGCCCUCAUCCUCAUGAUCACUUCGUCAAUGGAAGUCAUUCGCAGGAGUUAUUUUGAGGUCUUUUGGUAUACGCAUCACCUUUUCAUCAUUUUCUUCGCUGGCUUAGUUUUCCACGGUGCAGGGCGCAUUGUGCGAAGUCAGCAUGACCAGUCCCCUCACAAUAAUUCAUUUUGCGAAGAUCAGCCAGAGAACUGGGGAAAAAUUCAGGAAUGUCCAAUUCCGCAGUUUGCAGGAGGGUUUCCUCAGACCUGGAUGUAUGUAAUUGGACCAAUGAUAAUUUAUCUGUGUGAGCGGGUGCUUCGUUUUAUUCGCUACAUGCAGCCUGUCAGUUAUAGGAAGAUUGUAAUCCGCCCGUCAAAGGUGUUGGAGCUACAGCUGGUGAAGCCUGGAUUCAACAUGGAAGUCGGUCAGUACGUGUUCCUCAAUUGUCCAGCCAUCUCUCAGCUUGAGUGGCAUCCAUUUACCAUGACAUCAGCCCCGGAAGAGGACUUCUUCAGUGUGCACAUCCGAUCUGUUGGAGACUGGACUGAAAAGCUCAUCGGGAUGGUUGAAAACCUACCAGAGGGUGGGCAGGGACCUAAGAUGGCCGUGGAUGGCCCAUUUGGAACUGCGAGUGAGGAUGUAUUUGAUUAUGAGGUCAGCAUGUUGGUGGGCGCUGGGAUUGGAGUGACCCCAUUUGCCUCUAUCCUGAAGUCCAUCUGGUACAAGUUUAAAGACUCUGACCCCAAGCUACAAACAAAGAGGAUUUACUUCUAUUGGCUGUGUAGAGAGACAUACGCCUUUGAGUGGUUUGCAGAUCUCCUACAGGUUCUUGAGAAAGAAAUGGAGGAACGAGGAAUGAGGGACUUCCUUACAUAUAAACUCUACCUCACCGGAUGGGACCAGAGUCAUGUAAACCAUGCAAUGGUACAUUUUGAUAAAGAUACAGAUAUCAUCACCGGUCUAAAACAAAAGACACAUUAUGGCCGACCGAACUGGGAUAAAGAAUUUGAUCAAGUUAGGCAAGAGAACCCAUCGUCUGUGGUUGGAACUUUCCUGUGUGGCCCACAAGCCUUAGCAAAGGACUUGGAGAAGAAAUGUGUGAAGUACUCUGACGUGGAUCCCCGGAAAACCAAGUUUUACUUCAACAAAGAAAAUUUCUGAGGAUUUUUAUUUUUUUCUCUCACAGGAAACAUAAUUCUCUUGAAGGAUCUCUGCACUAGGCAUUGCGCACGUAAGCAGUAUCGUGAUUUGCCAAUUGUCAGAUCAAUGAAAAAUAAGACGCCCUUUAUCCUGGAAAGUCAACUAAUUGCCAGAAGGGACUUAUUCCGUGUCUGAGUCAAAAUUCCACUCAUUGUAUUUUUACUUUUUUUUUCUUUCAAGGUUUGGCUUUCCAAGUUCCUGGUGAUAAAUGAAUCACUAAGAAACAAGGAAAUCAGAUGUAUGCCAGACUGUAUUGUGUUUUUGUAAACGCCUCCUUGUGUAAACAAGUGCACAGCUCUAAAAUUAGCAUUUACUGAAAAGCAUUUCGGAAUGCUUGUAAAAGGUAAAAAGGGAAAAGAUCUUUUCCUAACAACAUGUCACAUAUGGUUAGUCACUAGUUAUGUAACCUUUCAACAAUCAAACUUACUUUAUCAUCCAAGAUAUAAAUUGUUAAUACUGUACAUUAUAAAUGUCUUUUCUAAACUGUAUUUAAAAAUAAAUUAUGAAGGAAAUAUCUUCUGCAU